AUGCACGUCUCACCAGCCUACUACAAGACCGCGGAACUCCCAUCCCCGGCCCGCACCGCCGUCGAACGCGCCCCAGUCGUUCUGACGCGAAAUACCGCCCUCCUCUCCUCAUCGUCAUGCAUAGUCUCCCCCCACUCUUCUUCUUCUUCUUCUUCUUCUUUAAAGGCCUCCUCUCGCUCCCCGUCUCGCUCCCCCCGCCGGUCCGCGAAGAAGCCAGCAUCUACAAAGUCGAGCACUCCUUCGUCGUCGUCGUCGUCAUCGGGGAAGAGCGCCCGUAGCCAGUACUCCUCCUGCUCGACGUGGUUCCUCCCGCGCCGGGCAAAGGCUGUGUCGAUCUUUGGUGGUGGUAGUGGUGGUGGUGGUGGUGGUGGUAGCAGCGCGGAAUGCGAGAUUGCGAUUGAGCCGGAGCAUCGACGGUUUGUGCGGCGGCGGACGGAGACACGCACGGGGACGCGGAAGGGGAAGGAGAAGGGGAGGGGGAAAGGCAAACAUACGGCGAGCAGCGGAGGUGUGUCGUUAAAAGGGCAUGCGCUGGCUCAGGAGGAGCAAGGGCAAGAGGGGGAGUCUACCGAGCGUCCUACGAAGACUCUGCAGCAUGUUGGGCUAGAGGAUGAGGCUGACGAGGACGGUGAUUCAGCGGAGUUUGUGCUAGCACCCGAAGUGCCGGAGACUACAGCACCGCAAGCCGAGUCCGGUGAUGCUAGUAGCAGCAUCCUCACACUCGGGGAUGUGCGGUCGGAGAGUGCAGACGGGAUACGUGGGUGUUGUCCGGACAAUCCUGUCAUGGCGUAUCUGGUCAGCGACGCGGAGCCUGUGCCCGGUGCAGGACAAGAUGGCAGGACGCCGCUGCUCGCGGGAAUGGAUCCGGGGGUCCGUGUAGACGUCUUUGACUUUCUGGAUUCCGAGGUGUUGCGAGAACUGGAGUCAGAUCCGAACGCCGGAGUGAUAGACGCAGAUGGGCGAAGAUGCACUGGUGCUGUUGAUGAUGGAACUAAGAAAGACUACGUGGAGGCGCAUGACAGACACAUCGAGGCGGACGAUGGAAAAUACUACAAUGCACACCUCGACGAGGAAGACGACGACGAGAGUUUCAUCACAGCGCGCGAGCCCGGAUUCCUAGUCAACGCUCCAAACCACGAAGGUUACGACGACGAACGGAGAGACACCGCCGCUGUUAAUGGAUUUAUUCAAGACUACGUAGAGGCCUAUGUGCGCAACGACAGACACAUCGACGCGCCCAGUAAACACUACUACAAUACACACCCCAACUCCUCCUCCUCCCCCUCCUCCUCCACCCCAACAUUCACCACAGCGCACCACCACCACCACCACCAACCACCCCUAUCCCCCAACAACCCAUCCCACAACACCAGCACCACCGCCCAAGCCCCCCAACCAACAACCGUCCACCUCCCACUCUCCUGGCACCGUCGUCCUGGCCUGAAAAAGUUCAUUGCCAGAACCGUCGCCGCCCGUCUAGAUCUAGAUUGCCCGGGCCAUUACAACGACGACGAGGACGACAUUGAUGUGAAUAGUCUGCUCAAUCACCUCCUCAGCUUGCCAGACGCUGUUCAGCGGUAUAUGUGGUGUGCGGUGGAUGGGGUGGAGGAGGGGCUGGAGGGGGGAUCUUGA